AUGAAAUAGGAUGGAAAAUUUCUUUUUAAAAAAAUGGAUUUCUUGUCAUGUGGGGCAGAAGGUUAAGUUUAUUCAAUUAAAAAUAAAUAAUCAGGUGAGAUUUUAGCAGCCAAAUAUCUUAAUUAAAAUUUAGGAGAAUCAGAACAAUAAUUAUUGGAAAAAAUUAAAUCUAGCAAAUUUAAUCACAUCAUUAAAAUAAUAGAUCUUACUAAAAAAAAUGGUUAAGAUAUUAUAAUUAUGGAGUAUGGAGAAUAGUCUUUAAAAAAAUUAAUGGAAAGUGAAAAUUAUUAAUAAUAAUCUAAAGAAUAUAAAAAUGAGUUAUUUUUAUAAGUAAGUUGGAAAUAAUAUUAAUUAGAUACUUUUGGGAGUUGAAGAGUUUCAUAGCUUAAAUUAUAUCCAUAGAGAUUUAAAACCAGAUAAUUUUAUAUGUUGUUCUGGAAAUUAAUCAAUAUAAAUAAAAUUGAUUGAUUUUGGGCUGGCAAAAGAAUCUAAAUAUAGUAAACACACUUAAGGAGUUGGAACUGAUUAUUUUAUGGCACCAGAAGUUAAAAAUGGAAUUUAGUAUGACUAAUCAGCAGAUCUUUGGUCUCUUGGUGUCAUAUGGUAUUAAAUGUUAUGUGGAUAUUUAGACAUUUUUAGUACUUUAUUUCAUUAUAUAUUCAUAGAACUAACUGAAUUAACUUAAAUUCAAUUGAAUAAUAAUAUUAAUAAAAAUUAAAACAUAGAUUCUAUACAAAAAUAAAUUAUAUCCAAAAUAUUACUCAUUCAGCCUUAAAAAAGAAUGAAACUUAAUGAAUUACUUUAAGAAAUUACAGUUUUAUGUUCAAAAGAGAAUAAAUUAUAGUAAUAAAAGGAAUAAAUACAAAUUGUUUAAAAAUGUGUUCCAGAUUAAAAGGAAAGUAAUAUGAAUACACUAAAGGUUGGAGAUGAAAAAUAAGUAAAUUAAAAAGAAUAGAUUAUAAAUUUUGAAACAAUAUAUUAGGAAGGUAUUAUUUAAUAUAAAAAUAUUAGGAAAAAACUUAUGUAAUAAAGGAUAAUAUGAAUAAGCUUUGGUUGAAUUCAAUAAAUCAAUUAGUUUAAUUAAUGAUAAUUCAGAUGUGUACACAUGGAAAGGUAAUUUCUGUAAGGUUAAUUUAUUUAGGAUUUGCUUUAAGGAAAUUGAAUAAAUUCAAAGAAGCAAUCGAUUGUUAUGAUUAAGCCAUUGCCAUAAAUUCUAAAAAUGAAAGUGCUUGGAACAAUAAAGGUAAUUAAUUGAUCAACAUCAUUGUUUAGGAUUUGCUUUAAGGAAUUUGAAUAAAUUCAACGAAGCAAUCGAUUGUUAUGAUUAAGCCAUUGCCAUAAAUUCUAAAUAUGAAAGUGCUUGGAACAAUAAAGGUAAUUAAUUGAUCAACAUCAUUGUUUAGGUGCUGCUUUACAUAGUUUGAAUAAAUUCAAAACCAAUAAAAUGGUUGUAUUGGAAAUUGAUUUUCUAAAUAAGAGGGUUUUACACUAAAUAUUUUAAUAUAACCGACUUAACAAUUCUUAUGAUAAUAAAGAAAAUUAAAUUUUUAUUCAAAUUUUGUAAUAUGUUAUCACUAUGUAAGAUGUAUAAUACUGUUGUUUAGUACAAAACAAACAUUUGAUUUGUAAAAUUUUUAAUAUUUCAUUUAAAUUUAUUCGAUCAAAUGAUGACAAAGAGAUUAUAUCUCAAACUGAACUAUUUGCAUUUAGUUUGCCUAAUUUGUAAAUGAAACUAUACCAAGAAAGAAUCAAAUAAUAAACAAUCCGUUUUUAGCAUGGAAAUGUGUACUUAUGA